AUGGAAGGUCAGAAGAGUUCGUGCAAAGAACAUAGUACCAAAGGAAAUAUUUCUACAAUUAAUCAUUCUCCAAGCGAAAGUGAGGUACUUGAAGAAACACUUGAGCAUUCCGUAAAUCCUUGUGACGGUUCAAAACCAAAACUAAAGUCAGCAAAGUGUGACUGCAAUGAAGUGACAAAAGUGAAUCAGAAUUUAACCUGCCAACUCCUUACCCCUUCAUAUGAGUCUAUUGUACUGGACGAGAUAGAAGAAAAAUUAAACUACAAAUUCAAGAGUAGAAAUUUUCUGGUAGAUUCAUACUGUAAGAUUUUAGAGAGAGUAACUCUCAACUUUUCCAAAUGUUGCAAUGCAUGUAAGGAACUCAUUAAAUUAACAGAUCUGAAGUCUCAUAAGUUGACGGUGUUCUUUGGUCAUUUGGUCCUCAAACAAGCAAUAACAAAAUAUUUGUACAUCACUUAUCCCGACCUUCAAUCAGGAACGCUGACAACGUUAAGAUCUAACAUUAUGAGCAAUGUGAAGCUUGCAAGAGUUGCUAUAGUUAAAUUACAAGUUCAUAAGCAUAUGAGCUUUCAAGAUAAAUCUUUGGAAGAUAAGGUGGUGAGAUUGAUUGAAGAUACCAAUGACAAUUGCGAGGAUGUGAGCCCACCGUUAUUUUUUUGCAAUAUAGUUAAAUCGAUUGCUGGUGCAAUGUUUCUUGAUAACAGUGGUGUGAUGUUGGAGAGCAACAGCUAUGCUAUAGACAAAGUUUGGGAGAAAUUCAAGAUUUUGUUAGAGCCCUUGGCAACUGUGGAGACAUUUGAGAAGCAUCCUGCUACAGAACUUGACGGGCUAUUAGGGAAAAGUGCCCACCGUGUUGAGUAUAAAGACUAUAAUUUCAAAAUAUGUGAGGAGGAAAUGAUAGCUGUGGAAGUAUUUAUAGAUGAUCAGAUGGUUGGAAGGGGUGAAAAUAAAAAGAAAAAAAUGGCAAAGAGGAUUGCUGCAAGACGUGCUCUUGAAUAUUUAAAACUAAAAUCAAGCCAGAAAAUUUCCAGUGAAAAGGGACUGGUGAGUGGAUAA